CCUUCCACUUUAUUAAGAACGCCUGUUCACCUGCUCAUCCACGCUCGAAUCGGCCAACCCAGUGUGAGCAGCGCAGUGUAUAAAAUCAUACGGUGUAUAAAAUUGUACAGAUCCAGGUCAAGAUCUUCCGUUAAUGUUCACAUCCAACAUCAGAAUGGUGAAAAGCACUCGGUCAUCUCAGAAAAAAUAAGUGCCUGUUUUUUGUUUUUUUCUCCAGAAAAAUCACAGGAUGAUGCGAAAAACAAACAACAUCGAGCGAGCGGCAUUUGUGCACGCACUUUGUGCGGAACGCUGAGAGAGGUCAGAGCAGAACGGGUGGACUGGUUUGAGGCGACGGGACUGCGACUGUACGCUAACUCUGUGCAACCGUGGUGAGCAGAAAAGCAUCUCAGAAAGAACAACCCAUCGAACCUUGAGGUGGAUGAACUACAGCAGCAGAAGACCACCGCAGGUUUCAGUCCUGUCGGCCAGGAACAGGAGUCCAAGGCUGCAACUGGACAGGUGAAGAUUGGACCAACAGCUGGACUGUUAUUAAAGUGCACAUGUUAAUAAUGUUAUAUACUGUAUAUAUAGGUUAUAUAUGUUGUUGACUUAUUAAGGGUGCCAAUAAUUAUGACGCUGACUCUGUAUGCCUAAGCAAGAAUAUAAGGCAGCACUGCGUUGCUAUGAAGUCUGUAUGAAACAGUGAGAAGGCGCUGUGGAGGAAGAUGAGCACAGCUCAGAUGAUCUGAUGGUUAUUAAUUCAUUCAUUCAUUCAUUUAUACAUGUGUAUAUUUUUAUGUGUGUCUCGGGGCGGCGCUUCAGAAGUGCUGAAACGUUCCGCGUGCAGUUCGGCUUCCAGAGCUCGCGCGGAGCGUCGCGUCUGCACAGCACACGGCGCAAACUUUUGCGCCGAUUAAUCGCCAGACACGCGCGCGCAGCGAUCAGUGUGUGAUGAGUCCAGGAGAACUUGACGGUCGGGGCCGCGCGCGCCGGCGGCGUGUGUGAGGUUUUUUUUUCUUUUUUCUUUUACUACCGGAGCGGAUUCGCCGUCGCUCGGACACCCCGCGUGCGCUCUCGUCCCUUCUCUUCUUCAUGCCACGGUGUAAUGACAGAGCUGAGCGACAACGUCCGGGGUUCAGAGUAGCUCGCAGCUCGCGAGGAAGUGCGCCUCCGCCGCCGCCGAUCAGCUCGCGACGCUGCGUUGAAUCCGUCCGAACGGGAGAGUUCCGCGGCGCGCGCCGGACCGUCGACCCGCCGCAGGGAUGCGCGGCUGCGAUCAUUUUGCGCUCACUUUGGGCUUCGUGCCUUUCCUGUUCAGCCACUGCCUCCUGUUCUCUGCGCUACUGCAGCACGCUCAUGGAGAAGUGCAGAAGUCCUGCUCUGGAACCCCCGCUGUGCACCUGGACAACACCUGCCACCUGCCCUGUCACUGCAGACCAUACCCACUGCUACCCCCACCUCCCCCUCCACCACCUCCACCCAGACUCUUCUCUCCUACAGUGGCGCCGUCCAGCGUGUCUCCUCCUGUGAAGCCCUGGGGACGAGAGGUGGAGAUUUUGGUGCUGGGGUCGGUGAGCUGUGCAUCCGUCGUCUUCCUUUUCCUCACGGUCUUCAUCUGCUACAAGGCUAUCAAGAGGAAACCGCUGAGGAAAGAGGAGAACGGCACCAGCCGAGGGGAAUACGCCAUGAGCGCUCGCUGCAAGCAGACGGCGGUGGAGACCAACAACACUGGAGUAUAGCAGCCAGAGGAAAAACACCGACGUUCCAUCAUAAACACGAGCUCGAAGGCUGCGGAGACGGAGAAAUAGCAUUAAAGGAAGGAUUGAUGGAGCUCUGAACCAUGGCUUUGUUUGACUUCUUUAAAAAAAAAACACUUAAAUGACAAUAAGUGCUGCUUUAUGAUUGAUAUGUGUCAGAAUAAAAUGGCAGAGACGUGCGGAGGACGUGCGGAGGACGUGCCGAGGACGUGCGGAGGACGUGCGGAGCCUCAAGACUCAUUGUUCUGUCGCACGGUGAAGCCGUCAGACCUUUCGCAAGACUUUAAACCAGUAAAACUCUUCACAAACCCAAAGCAUGCACUUUCUACUGAAUGCACCGGCGUCUCUGGACGCCUCUCUCCUCCUUCCUCUCCCCGCAGUCUCCUCCCCUGUACAUAAACGGCGGCCGUGUCCAUCGGUUCGAGGACGAAAGCUGAAGCGGAACUUGACGAGGAGACGGGUCGCUUUCAUUGAACGAUUAUUUGUAUGACUAUGCAACUGGAACGGAUCUGAAACCCUGGUGGUGCAUGUUCAUGAUGUUAAAACACAGCGUCAGCAGAAUCUGCUGCUAAUCAGACUGACGUGUGCUGACGUACUCGAGCAGUGAGGCUUCGCAGGUGUAAUGGAACUCGGUGUGAGUUAAUAAGCUGGAAUUCUCGCCACAUGUUCACCAACACGAGGACUGUUAUUUCAUCGUUUCAUUAACGAUGCAGCAUUAAGCAAGCCGAAAAGACAGUCAGUGGGGUUUUUUGUUUUGUUUUGUUUUGUUUGUUUGUUUGUUUGUUUUGGGGGCGGGGAUGUUUUCAGAUUCAAAUUAUUAUUUAUUAGUCGUUUGUUUUUGUUUAUUUGUCUUUUUGUUAGUCUGUUUUAUUUGGGUUUUUUAGGUAUGUGUUUUUGGGGGGUUUGUUUUAUUUAUUUGUUUUUCGUAUUUGUUUUGUUUGUUGUUGUGGUUGUUGUGCAACUCGGAUUGGAAGGGUUUUGUUUUUGUUUAGAUUUGGGUUUUGUGGGAGGUGUUUGUUUGUUUGUUUGUUUUUUGUUUUCUUUUGUUCUUGUAUGUUGUUUUGUGUGCUCUGUUGUUUUUUUGGGAGGUUCUUUUGUUUGUUUAUGUUUUUAGAAAGUGUUCUUGCUGUAUUUUAUUUUAUUUUGUUUGUUGUUGUUGUUGUUUUGCAACUCAGAGUAUUAUUGAAAGAGGGUUUUUUUUAUAUGGUUUAGAUUUGUUUGUGGGGUUUUGGGGGGGGGGGGGGGCUGUUCGUUUUUUGUUUCUUUUACUCAGUUUGUUUUUUGUUAUUAUUGUUUUUGUUUUUCCAUGAGACACAGAUCUGCACUCUUUUCAUCAUCCAGUCGUCAUCACACUCCGUAAAGCCAGACCUGGGAAUUAGUUUGAAGGAAAAGAAUAAGCAUGCGUAAGAUAUGUCGUUGAAUUUAAUAGAAAAAUGUAAUUAAUCUAAAAAAGAAGUGAAUGCCAUGAGUACGGUGUGGGGGAAAGUGGAGAUUGGGAAAUAUUAUGUGCAUGUUACAAUUUAACGCCGUAAACAACAAACAAACGGAUGGGUUCAAAUACAGUUAGGGAGAACAUUACAGAAAAGGGAGUCGUGGAGUGUAAUGAAUCCCAACAUCUGAGUGUUUCUUUUAAAGUAACGAGCCUUUAAGUGGAGUGACGGAAUAUUGGGAUACGAUAUCGUAAGGUGUUCAAUGGUAAAUAAUGAUGUAGUGUAUUUUCAUUUAAAAUAAGGACACAAUCUAUGAGACGGUAAGUCAGAAUAAUAACGUGACCUCACGUGACACGCAGUUUCACAGCCGCUGGAUGCUUCCUGCUGAGUCAUUUCGCUCCCGAUGACGGCUUUUCAACAACCGCUUCAUUUCACGGUCGUAUUGAUUCUCUUAUUUAACCCCGUCACUGAAUUUUGGUUGACAGAAUAACCCCUGCUGACAGGAACACUGUGUGUGCUAUACAGUAUCCAGAUAUUUAACAGUCAUUCCAUAACGGAGAUAUCACCACUGGCACCUGUAACACUGCAAAUAAGCUACAGAACACGUUUUCAUUCCUUGUUCGUUAUUACAACCGAGUGCAAGAGUUUGGUUCCGGGUUCAUGAAAUGAUCACGCUCCCUGUAAUUUAUCUCCGGCGUUGAUGCAGUGAUGCGUUUGGAUCGAUUCUACACUUAUAUCGGUGGAUAUAUGACUACAUUUUUUUUUUUUUUUGUCUGCGGAGCCUACAAGAGCCCUGCAUGCCCACGGAAAUGUGCUACUGACCCGGACUGUUUACCGAGCAGUUAAGAGUCAGUAGGAAUCAGGAAAAUAGCCGUCACACAGUCUAAAACAGGAGGAAUGAGCGUUCCCAGAGCUGGGGAAGAUGAACAGAAAGCCGUGUUUAGAGAGAGCUAUUAUUCAGGAAUGGUUGAAGAACCACAAAGACAAACUGACAGAGAGAUUACAAAAAAAAAUCCAACAAUUAGACCGUUUAAAGCACGUUCAGGAAUUUCGUUUCGAUUCUUUAACCGUCAGAAGGUUACGACCCUUCUUUAUUUCCUCCCUCAGAGUGUUUCCCUAUCAGGAAGUGUUCCAGGCCUUUUAGGAGGAUAUGAACCCUUAUUUACACAAAGAUCCCCAUGAAAAUUCAUGAUUCUCAAGCGUUCUUUAAUGGGUACUUGGAUAAUUAUAAACACUUGCAAUCGAAAUGAUUGACCCCCAGUGCAAAUCCGCUUUAUCGUGGGAAUGUACAGACUUUCAGCUGUCUGCGAUGAGCACAUCGAACAAAAGCCAUUGGAAUAGUUCAAUAUGACGAAUGCUUCAAGUGGCUUCGCCAGAUUCAACUGAAAUUCAACUUAUAAUGACUUCUGCAGUUAUAUAAUGACACCAGCUCUACGUGUAUCUGUCUAGUGAACUACACUGAAGAAAAUCAACCUGUAUUCACAUUUAAACCUGAAGUGGGUGUGGCCUAAUCCAGAAGAGGUGUAUAUAUAUAUAUAUUUUAUUAUUAUUAUUUUUAUUAAAUAUGAACCCAUAGUAAGUCUAAACUAAAGAUGUAGGAGAAACUGUUUACUGAAUCCCACUCAAACAGUCAUUAUUUCUGUUUGUACCCAUCUGUGGUAUUUUCUCAUGAAUUUAGUUGUUUCUAUUUUCCAAAAUUUAAACAAACCAUAGCUUAGUUUAAAACAGUUGGCAAUCAUUUACUCCGUGGCCUCUCACACACGCCACUGGUGUUAUUUUAUAUCCAUACCAGACUGAACAGAACUAAUGCUGCAAUACAUGCUACGAUUUUCCCGCGUUCCCAGUCUAAACACGCUCCAGCGCUCCAGCGCUAAGGCUUCGAAAAAGGUGGAGGCGCAGAGCAGAGUUAUAUUUGUAUUAUGUUAUAAAAAAGAUCUGCGUGCGUUAUUUCUGCGUGAUUAACGAUGCGAAAGGGCUGAACCGUCCCGUUUAUCUUCGCACAUAAAAACAAUCACAGUGGGCUCAUCGUGUGAGUCUAUUAAUGACGAACGAUAUCGGUCUUCAUCUCACGUUCUGAACGUAAUAUGAGUGUUCUUGUGUUAA